AUGACUUCCACAUCCUCUUCUCAGGUUCCGUCUGCGGUUUCUCUUUCAAAACCCAUUGAAGUUGAAGGGAGGACCUUUGUUCCAGAACCUCCCAAUGAAGAAGAAAAGAUUAAGAUCUGGAAUUCCCAGGAUGCCAUUUGCAAUGAAGGGUUUUGCGACAAAGAUGUCAACUCUUUUUAUGAAGCCCUCAACUAUUAUGACAAGAAGACAUCUGCUCUUCGUCUUGAACCUCUGUCUUUCGAACCAUCUUUUUAUUGCACUAGAGAAUUUGAAGUUUGGUGGUCGACCUACUACAAGUCUAUUCAGACCACCUUAGGAGUUUGUAUUGGAAAGAUGACUGAAGCUCUUCAAUCUGUGCAGAAAAAAGCUACAAAGAAAACUCGAGCCGAACCAAUACCCAGAGUUCCAUGCAAGGAAGACGAGGGUUCUGACAAUUCGACAGGCAUUCCAGUUCAACAAAAGAACGUCCCUAAGGUAGACCCAAUUCCUGAAGACGAGAACAUUUCUUCCAAGCCUGUUGAUCCAAAUGAAGCUGUACAAGAUAAGGCCAGCCCUAAAGCCUCGGACAUUAACGAAGAAGAAGAGAAUCCACCAAUUUCUUCUGCAAAGAAACGUGCCGGGGCUGAGCCGAGUCAAGAGGAACUACAAGCAGAAACUGACCAAGAAGAUUCCGGCUCCUCUCAAAGUGAAAGUUCUGGAGCUUCUUCCCCGACCAAACUUCAACAAGAACAUGAUAUCUCUUCGAAAACAAAGCCUCCUCCUCAAGUAAUCCAUUUGUCUUCGAACUCUUCUGAUUCCAGUUCUUCUGACUGCCAAAGUCUUGAUGACUUUUUAAACUUUCAACCGUUACGAAUUCAAUAUCCUUCUGGUCGAAUAGUUAGUUAUGUUUCAUCUGACAAUGAGUCCUUUACGCAGGACCUUGGCGCUUCGGCCGAAAAGUCGGAUACUGACGAAGACCGUCAACCUAUCCCUUCACCCAUUGCCAAAGUCUCGAAGACCCAAGAAAAAACUCUUAAGGCUUCGAGCCCUGUUGCUGGCAGGAAGUCUCCUCAGUCCAUUCCUAUCGAAGACUUUGAUGCUCUUGCCAUGGAUGACCCAGUAUUAGCCCUCGAGCAACUUGUCAGCGGUCAAGUCUCUCUUAGCACCAGUCGAAGCCAAGAAUCCUCUAUGCAAAACGAAGGCACAAGCACUCUGAAUACUGCCACCACCAUCAUCAACAAGCUUCGAUCUCUUGCGUUCGAGCAAGAUUUAUUUUCUGCCCUCAGCUCGAACCUUAACUUGGGCCGAGAAAUUAAGCAACUUAUCUCUGACCUUAGCAAUGAGGACCUCACUGAUCAACAAGAAAAGGGCAUUCAAGAAUUUCAAGAGUUUCUUGACGAAUCACUUUUGACUUUCGACCAAGCCAAACUUGUCGGUCAGGACUUAGCCUCCAAAUCCACUGAGUGCACACAUGCAGCUGAGUCAUUCGACCGAGCUAAAACCAAAGUGGGCUCUAUCAAAUUACUCGAGGAAGCUGACUCAGUGAAACUGAAUGAAAUUUUGAAACAGAUUGCCGAACUUCAACAACAGGAAAAAUCCCUCAAAGCCAACCUGGCCAAAUUCAAGAAACAAAAGACUGAAGUUGCUGCCAAGGCCAUCUCUCACGUGAAAGACAAGAAUCGACUUGAAGGCGAAAUUUCUGAGCUUCAGAACAAGAAGGCAAAGGUUGAUAAGCGACUCAAGAAACUCAAGGGUCGAUAUGCUCCCAUGAAAGCCACUCCACCAUUUUAG